AUGAAUUUCCAUAUUCUAUUAUUAUUUUUAAUACUUCCAUAUUUAACAAAUGGAGAUACUUGUAAAACUCUAAGUUGUGGAUCGACAUGUAAAAGUGGAUCAGACUUGGAAUGUAGUUAUGAUAGUUAUUGUAAUAAAUCAACAUUUAUCACUGAAUGCAGCUCAUGGCAAAACUGUCCGGUUGGACAAUACUGUGGUGACGAUGGAAAGUGUUUGGCUAGAGUCGCCAUGAAUGCAACUUGUACCGAUUCUCUUGAAUGUCCACAUUUCUCAGAUUGUAUUUCCCCAGCUUCGGGCCAACCGACUAUCUGUGUACCCUAUUACUCUCAAACACUCGUCGGUUCAAAAUGUUCAAGUUUUGAUAAUGCUUGGAGUACAUGUGCACCAAAUCUAUUCUGUUCCCAAGUAUCUGGUACUUGUCAAAUUGUGCCAGCUCAAACUUCAACAACUGUCAAUUGUGUCUCGGCAUCGGCUGGAACAUCGUUAUGUUCAGAAUUAGAGACAUGUGCAUGUUAUGGUAACUCUACUGGUGUGUGUAUGCUUAAAGGUAACUCGGGAGAUUCAGACUGCCAGGCCGCACUCAAAGUACUACAUGGAUGCGAACAAAGUAAAGGGUGCUACGACUCGGGUAUCUAUACUCCCAAAGGAUGUGCACGUCAGAAUUGUAUUACAGAGUAUUGUGAUAUGGCAUCCAAGUGUACCUAUGGACCAGACUCUGAAGAAAACAAUAUAGCUUGUGGAAGAGGUAAUAUCCAACGUUGUGAUGGUACUCGUGCAACCAAUGUUCCAGUCCUUCCACCUACCACUACUAGUAGUAGUACAACUACUGCCAGUAGUACAACUACAAGUGGUUCUACUACCACUACAGGAGCAUCGUCAACUACAACUACCACAACCAAACCAAGUUCAUCUACUCAAACGUCAACAUACUCUUCUUCAUCCACCUACUCCACAUCCGCCAGUUCAACAACUGCUGGAACUACUACCAGUGGAACUACAGCUACAACCGCAACAACAUCUGGUGCAACUACUUCCAAUCCAACUACCUCUUCUUCGACAACUACCACUUCUCCAUCAUCUACAUCAUCUACAUCAUCUACAUCAACUACAACAGAUAGAGCAACAGGAACAGAUACACAAACUGGAACAACAACUGAUAUGGGAACAACUACACUCGGCUUAUCUCCAACACUCUCUGCACCCAUUACAACUGUUGCUAUCUUGAUGACAGCAAUAUUAAUACUCCUUUAA